UUUGAACACUUGUGUACGCAUGUCGUUUCACUUGUGUACGCGCACACGCAUUGAUGUAUGGAAUUGUUUAAGCAUAGUUGUGUUUUUCCAGACAUACUGUGUAACGUUAGGGUUCUUGAGAUCAGUUCUUUCCGUUUUAGAGUCGCUUUCAAAAUGCGGACGAUUUUCACCUGUUGUGCUUUUCAGAUGACGUUUUCUCGCCUACGCCGCCAUCUCGUGGACAAAACGUGGAGGCGUUCUUUCGUCGCCCUUCCCCUUGGCCCGAUGCAGACGACAAAUGAAAUGUGUGUACGGAUGGCCCAUGAACGCGCCCAACCCAGUCCAAACGGCGAGCCCCUUCGUGGAGAUCAUCGAGCAGCCCAAGCAGCGCGGCAUGCGCUUUCGCUAUAAGUGCGAGGGGCGCUCUGCGGGCAGCAUCCCCGGCGAGAAAAGCAACGACACCACCAAGACCCACCCGGCCAUCAAGGUGCACAACUACAGCGGGCCCCUGCGCGUCCGCAUCUCGCUGGUGACAAAGAACACGCCGUACAAGCCGCAUCCGCACGAGCUGGUCGGGAAGGACUGCAAGCACGGCUACUACGAGGCCGACCUGCAGGAGAGGCGCGUGCACAGCUUUCAGAACUUGGGCAUUCAGUGCGUGAAGAAGAAGGACGUGAUCGAGGCCAUCACCUGCCGGCUGCAGACCAACAACAACCCCUUCAACGUUCACGAGGCCAAGGUGUGGGAGGAGGAAUUUGACCUGAAUGCCGUGCGGCUCUGCUUCCAGGCCUCCAUCACGCUGCCCACGGGGGAACUCUUCCCCCUGGAGCCGGUGGUCUCGCAGCCCAUCUUUGACAACCGGGCUCCCAACACGGCCGAGCUGAAGAUCUGCAGAGUCAACCGCAACUCGGGCAGCUGCAAAGGCGGCGACGAAAUCUUUCUGCUGUGCGACAAAGUUCAAAAAGAGGACAUCGAGGUGCGCUUCUUCCAGGACUCAUGGGAGGGCAAGGGCACGUUCUCCCAGGCCGACGUCCACAGGCAGGUGGCCAUCGUGUUCCGCACGCCGCCCUACCGCGACACCGACCUCAACGAGCCCGUCCGCGUCAAGCUGCAGCUGCGCCGGCCCUCGGACCGCGAGGUCAGCGAGCCCAUGGACUUCCAGUACCUGCCCGCCGACAGGGACGAAUACCGCUGGAACGAGAAGCGGAAACGCACCGGCGACAUGUUCCAUAGUCUGAAGCUGGGACCUCUGCUCUCCACAAGGUCCGUUGUGCCGCCCGAUCGACGCCACUUCAGCCCCGCCAGGAGGACGGCCCCGAGCAAGCCCGCUGCGGCGGCGGCGGCCAUGGCGCCGGCUUUUGCCCCGAAAGCACAGAGCUCUUUGGCUCACGCGCAGCCCGGCCACAAGUUCCCGGGCCCGAGCAAGGCGGAGGCUUCCUGCUUCCCCCCCUCCCCCUUCUCGCCCUUCUCCACCCCCCAAUCCACUUUUUCCUCUUCCGCCGCCUCCUCCGUUUCGGCCCCCCCGGCCAGCAGCCAAACGUGGAAGAUCCUGGAGAGCUUGAACCUGGGCCCGCAGCCGCAAGCCGCCAGGAUUUCCAGUUGCGCCGUCAACCGCCCGACUGUUUCCAGCCAGGAUUACCCCACCGUUAACCUGUCAGACCUUCAGGAAUUCUUCCCCGGCAUCACCUCGGCCAUCAGCCAGGAGCCGUCGGCCUCGCAGGGGAGCGCCGCCGCAGGCGCGCAGUCCGUCGGCUUCUUCUCCUUACCGGGCUCUCAGUUCCCGGCAGACGCGGCGGCCGAGGAGGGCAUCCCGCAGUUCCCCAGCUUUUCCGAAGCCCAGGGCUCGGGAACCCUGGACAGCCUCGACAUGGACGACUUUGUGGACCUCCUUAACCCGCCGGACGAGAGCGGCAACGGCCAGCGAGCCGCCCCCUCGGCGGCGGCGGCGCACAACACUUUGGACCCGGCCGGCAAUCCGGGAAGCACCUGGAUGAAUUACCCCAACAGCAUCGUCAACCUGCUCCAGAACGAGAGCAUGAUGGACGUCUUGACCAACAGCGGCGGUGGCAACAGCCAGCAGCGGCCCGCCGUGCUGGACGAGUUUGACGAGUUGAUUUCGGUGGACGAGGAUCAGCUCAUUUCCAUUUUUAACAGCGGAAGCCAAGCCGGCUUUGUUUCGGGCCACCCCGCCUAACAGAUGCCUUUGGCCAUUUAUUCCAUAGCCGUGCGCAAGCGUGCACCCGUAAACUAGCGUGCUGCGCUCGUGGGCCACCGCGCGGACCUGAACAAAAAAGCCACGCCGUCAUUGCAACGAAUGCUCGUCAUUCAAUCGCUUCGAGCCUUAAAUUAACAAAACAAAAACACUUACGUACGUACGAGUGCGUUGAAAUGGACGGGCUAGCUCGCAAGCUGAGGGCAAAGCCAAUCGUCGCGCCCAGUUCUCAGACGGACAGACGUUGGCCGUUGGCUUUGUCUUGCGAGCGAUACCGACGGGUCUUUUGUCUGACUCGGACCGCGGACUUGAAGGUAAGUCAAGCGUGCCCUUUGUGUACGGACACAUGGUGGACCAAUGUCUUAUUUUUUUUUUUCAUGCGCUCCCAAACGCGAAACCUUCGGUGCCUGGGCGGCGCCGCCCAAUGCAGCCGCAACACAAAUGGCUCAUUUCUUCAAAGGAAAUAAAAGAUGCUUUGCACUUG